CCGACAAUCCAACGAAUCGUCAUCGUUCUUUUCAAAUAUUGUAAAAAAACAAGAAAGGAAAGAAAGAAGAGGCAAAAGAAAAAGAAAGAAAUUACACAAGCACGCGGAGGGAGGGAAAGGGCUCAAAUUUUAUCAAAAGCCCUCUUAAUCUCUUCGUGAAAAAAUAAAAUAUCCCGAAUUUAAGAAAUUUGUGAAACCAUAUGAUUAUUAAUUUUUUGAUUCGUUAUUGUAUUUAUUAUUGUCAUAUGGUUCACAAAUCUUUAAUUUUUCAUGCGCCGAUCCAUUGCCCGCUCGGUGAAUCGUAGAUUUGAAACCAAAAUGGAUACGGUCAAGCUCCAGUUACGAUCGAACCGACCUGUUUUUCGAAGCUCCUACAGCAAACAAUCAAACCCCAGAUCAAGAAUUUUGCUAUACACUUCAAUUUCCAUAGCCAUCAUAUUGUUUUGCUACAUAUUGUUUUUUCCAAACAAAACUAGGCUACAUACAAAAUACAGGGUGGUGAUUGAUGGGGGGAGCACUGGGACGAGGGUUCACGUGUUUAAGUACGAGGUCAGGAGUGGGAAUUUGGUGCUUGAUUUCACGGAGAAAGGGUUAGUAUCGAUGAAGGUGAAUCCGGGGUUGUCAGCCUAUGCGGAGAAGCCCGAAAUGGCAGGGGCCGCAGUAGCAGAACUGGUGGAGUUUGCAAAGAAGAAUGUGCCUAGGGAGGAUCGGGGAGAGGCUGAGAUUCGGUUAAUGGCGACUGCCGGGAUGAGAUUGUUGAAGAAAGAGGAUCAAGAGAAGAUCUUGGAUGUAUGCCGUAGAGUUUUGAGGGGGUCGGGUUUUAGCUUCCAUGAUGAUUGGGCAACAGUCAUUUCAGGCUCUGAUGAAGGUUUAUAUGCUUGGGUUGUCGCAAAUUAUGCUCUUGGAACACUUGGAGGUGAUCCUGCAAAAACAACUGGGAUUAUUGAACUUGGUGGUGCUUCUGCUCAGGUUACCUUUUUCUCAAAUGAGCCAAUCCCUCCUGAGUACUCUCGAAAAGUGAAAUUUGGUAAUUUCACUUACAUCCUCUACAGUUACAGCUUUCUUCAGUUUGGACAGAAUGUCGCACGUGAAUUACUGAAUGAAUCACUUGUUUCGAGAGGCCAAGAGAUGGGUAUCGAAUCUCUUCAGCACGUGAAACCUAUUGAUCCUUGUACUCCUCGAGGGUACUUACACGACAAUGGGACAUGGAAACUUUCUCCAAAUGGUAAUUUCUCUGAGUGCAGAUCUGCCUCAUUAAAGUUGUUGCAGAGAGGGAAAGAUAGCUGCUCUUAUCAAAACUGCUUCAUAGGAUCGACAUUUUUGCCCAAGCUCCAAGGAAAUUUUUUGGCGACAGAAAAUUUCUUCUACACUUUGAAGUUCUUUGACUUGGCCCCGAGAGCCUUUCUUUCUGAUCUCUUGGUUGCUGGACAACAAUUUUGUGAAGAGGAUUGGUCAAAAUUGAAGAAGAAAUACCAGUCUCUCGAGGAAGAGGAUUUGCGUCGCUAUUGCUUCUCUUCUGCAUACAUUGUGGCCCUACUGCAUGACAGUCUUGGAUUUGCUUUGGAUGAUGAGAGAGUUGGAUACGCUAAUCAAGUACAGAAUAUCCCCCUCGACUGGGCAUUGGGAGCUUUCAUCUUGCAGAGCACAGCGAAGUUGGAUUUGCAGCCUUUUGACUGGAUUCCCUUUGUACUAAGUGGGAACUCUUCAGCAUUGCUGCUUAUAUUCGGAAUUCUCCUUGUGUGGAUUGCUGCAUGGUUUCUGUCAAAGUGGAGAAAUCCUCAGUUGAAGACUAUUUACGAUCUCGAGAAAGGAAAGUAUAUAGUUACACGGGUCAAUAGGUACUCGUAGCCUUUUGGGAGAACACGAGUCUAUCCUGUAUUUGUGGAUUGAAGGGAGACUGCCGAGUAGUAUUCAAAUGUAUUUAUGGUGCUGCUAUUCAAUACUGUGUAGGAAACAUACACUAAGUGAUACAUGGCCAUUCGGCGUGGAUAUAAAUUCUAGCUUCAUACAGUACGAGCAUAUUAUACAAUACGGAAGAAUACUUAUAUAA